AUGGCACCCGUCAAGGUUCCGUCCGCUCUUUGUCAUGAAGGAGGGCCUGGAAUCGUCGAUUCAAGCGGUGAGGGGGGAUUGGUUUGGACCUUGGACGAUUCAGAGAAAAAAAACAGCUCUCGCCCACCUUACGAGAGCUACCCCUCAUUCUCGAGGUUCCCUUCCCCCUAUUCUUUGUAG